AUGAUCUUCCACUACCGUGUAAGAACUAAGAACCAUCAUAUACAGACCAUCAACUUCUUCAUCUAUUUACUUCAUUUCUCAAACACUAUAAAAACUAAAGAAGCUUGCUUAUAAGCUAUAAUUGACUUAUCAAAUAUCCACGUUCUAAAUAAUCACCUCCUCACCGUGUUUUAAGCUCUUCUUCAAAUUCAUAGAUAGUGAAAGAGAAAAAAAAAGAUAGUGUUAACGUGCGCAUCCUUGUGGCGCAGGAUAUGGAAUCACCUACCUUCGUUUCAAAAGCGAGGACAGCCUUCAAUUCCGCUGCUGCAAAAGCGGAACGUGUUCUUCUCGACUUCAAAUCAGAUCGAGAUCAAGAUAAGCAAUCUCCUAAUAGCUUAACAAGACAAUCUCAAAUUGAAUCUCCGAGCAGUGACAACGAAUCUAAGCUUCGUGGUGAAUCGAAGCAUAUAAAGUGGAGGCCAAAGAAUAUAGGGAUAAAGCAAGAUUGGCAAGAUAAGUUUAAGAACAUUCGGUUAGGAAGAAAAGAAGCUGAAGAUACAGAUAAAAUUGGGGAUGCAAACAUGGCAAUUCCAUUUUAUGAUGAAAAUUUGUAUAUCCUGAACGUGAAGAAUGAUCUUGAGGCCAAGGCAUCAGAAGCAAUUCCGACUGUAGAAGCCCUAACUGCUGCGACUAAAGAUCCCAUUCCUCCAUCCUCUGUGCUGAAACAAUUGGCUAUGGCUGUUGAGGCUGGAAGUAAGACAAAGUCCAUGAAAGAUGUUAUAGCUUCAUCAGGAGGUUCUUCACCUGCCAAGGAGAGGGGAGGCUUAAGUCUCUCUGCAGUCAAGGCUUUAGUGUUGCGAGAGAAGGAGGAUAAACUUACCUCUGAGUUUAGUAGCAAUGAGAAAGUUGUGCAUUUGAUCAAUUCUCUUUUUGAUCCAGAGGGAGAUUUCCUUAGAAGGAAGAUCAAUUCCAACCCAGAGGGAAAUGAUAUGACAUCUUUGCCAAGAGAUAUUCACGGUGCUCCUCCUGAAAGUCUUGUUGUGAAGUUGGCUGAAAUUGUUGGAAACUACAAGACCGUACGAAAAAUGGCUCUGUUCUGGUGCAGGGUUGUUGAAGAACUGAGAAAAUUUUGGUCUGAAGAACAAUAUUUACCAGGAGUCCCGCAGAAUGAUAUUCCAGAUCUGAAAACAUGUCUUCUGUAUCAACACUUUCAAGUAAUUAAUUGUUGUAUUUCUCGAAAGAGGCUCCGUAUCAUUGCGACUGAAUCUCUAGAGUCUAUGAUGAUGCAAGCUAGUUCAAACAUUAAAGAAUCAGCCAAUGAUGACGGCGGAGCUCCUGCAAACCCUGUUUUAUAUGCUAGAUUAAACACAGGGGAACAUGUUCUUCGUCUUGGUGCUGGUCGCCGGUCUGGUGAUUUGACAUUGUUGGAAACUGGCGAGCCUGUGUACUCUCCUGUCACCCAGGAAGGACCUUUGCUUACAGAAGAUUUAAUCAGAGAAACAGAGGAGUUUGUCCUGCGGACUGGGAGUGUUGGUGCUGGCUGCUCGCAACUGCUCUCAGAUAUGCAGGCUUUCAAGGCUGCGAAUCCUGGAUGUAUUUUGGAGGAUUUUGUAAGAUGGCACUCACCUCCUGAUUGGACAGACAAUGAGGCUAGUAUUGAGGACAGUGAUGUUUUUGACAGUGGCGAGUCAUUGUCGAGCAAAGGCCAGCUAAGUCGGCGUAUGCAAAAAGAAGGUAAUUUAUGGCAUGAAUUGUGGGCAACAUCUAAACCAGUACCAGCUGUUAAGCAGGCACCUCUUUUCGAUGAGGAUUUGGCAGUAGAGGGCAUCCUCCAUGCAUUUGAGGACAUCCACCCUUUUGAGCUUUUUGGACAGUUGUUUGUCUCUUUACUUGGGUUAGGAUUUGCGAUUGCUGAACCUAUGCUGUCUAGUAGCAAGGACUUCUCAAAGUUGUUCUGUGACUGCAAGGAGUACAUAGUUGCUACAUGCCAAAGCAACAAAUGGAGUGAGAAAGUUGAUGACCUUGUCCAGGUAUAUGAAACAGUAGAGACAAUGUUAAUGAAUCCUGAAGAAGCAUUGAAGAUGAUUAAACAGUCAGAAGAAUCAAUUACCGUUACUGAUGAACCAAAGAGCCGGUUUAAGAGGCUGAGCCUUAUCUUCAGCGGCAAAGAUAAAGUAUUGAAAAAGCCCGUGUCAAAAGAUCAAAUAAAUGAUGAAGAAAAGUCAUCACGACAAUCUUUCUCAAGUUUCUUUGAAAACAAGUCAUCUUUAUUUUCAAAGAAGCCUCCUAGGUCUGGAAGCCCGUCUCCUUCGGAGAAACCUUCAAUUGAAACCGAUUGGGCAGUUGUUUAACAAAUUUCACCUUCUCCCUGUAUAUACCCGCCCUCCUCCUCUAAGCAUAUAACUGUAAAGUUUCUUUAUUCUUUUUCCCAAUACUUGGUUGGUGAAUUCUGCAGCAAAUUUUAUUAAAUGCUCUGUUUUUUUUUUUUUUCAAUCAGCAAAUUUUAUUAGGAGAGGGAAGUGUAAGAACCACCAACCCUCGCAAAGAAAAAUUGUUUACAUGUGGAACACCUUGAAUAUUUAUCUUAAGGAAUUGAAUAUUUAUCUUUUUGAA